AUGUCAUUCGGAGGCCAAACGCCGACGAUUAUCGUCCUCAAGGAAGUCGAACUUCUUACAGGAACCGAUACCUCCCAAGGAAAGGGACAGAUCAUCUCCAACAUCAAUGCCUGUCUCGCUGUUCAGGCUACCAUCAAGUCCACUCUGGGUCCCUACGGCGGUGACCUUUUGAUGGUUGAUGAGAAUGGCCGCCAGACUAUUACCAACGACGGUGCCACUGUCAUGAAGCUCCUCGAUAUUGUCCACCCCGCCGCUAGAAUUCUCGUCGAUAUCGCCCGAUCGCAAGACGCCGAGGUCGGUGAUGGAACAACAUCUGUCGUUGUCCUCGCUGGUGAGAUCCUCAAGGAGACUAAGGAGCAUGUUGAGCAGGGUGUUAGCUCUCAGAUCAUUAUCAAGGGUCUGCGGAGGGCGUCUCAGAUGGCAGUCAACAAGAUUAAGGAAGUUGCUGUCAGCACAAACGAGGCCAACCAGCGUGACACUCUCAUCAAGCUCGCUGGUACUGCCAUGACCAGCAAGCUGAUCAAGAGAAAUACUGAUUUCUUCACCAAGAUGGUUGUCGAUGCUGUCCUGUCACUUGACCAAGACGACCUGAACGAGAAACUCAUUGGCAUGAAGAAGAUCCCCGGCGGCUCCCUGACCGAAUCCCUCUUUGUUAACGGUGUCGCCUUCAAGAAGACCUUCUCUUACGCUGGUUUUGAGCAACAACCAAAGUCUUUCGACAACCCGAAGAUCGUGUGCCUAAACGUCGAGCUCGAGCUGAAGGCUGAGAAGGACAAUGCCGAGGUCCGUGUUGAGCAGGUCUCUGAAUACCAGGCCAUCGUCGAUGCGGAGUGGCAGAUUAUCUACAAGAAGCUUGACGCUAUCCACAAGACUGGCGCCAAGGUUGUUCUCAGCAAGUUGCCUAUUGGUGACUUGGCUACCCAGUUCUUCGCCGACCGAGACAUCUUCUGUGCUGGACGUGUUGCCGGUGAGGAUAUGGAACGUGUUGUGCAGGCUACUGGUGCUGUUGUUCAGUCAACAUGCUCCGACAUCCUGCCCGAGCACCUGGGUACUUGCGGCAAGUUUGAGGAGCGCCAGAUUGGUGGAGAGCGAUUCAACUUCUUCGAGAACUGCCCCGAGGCCAAGACCUGCACCCUUGUCCUGCGUGGUGGUGCCGAGCAAUUCAUUGCCGAGGUUGAGCGAUCUCUGCACGAUGCCAUCAUGAUUGUUAAGCGAGCCAUCCGAAACCAGCUUAUUGUCGGUGGUGGUGGUGCCGCCGAGAUGGAGGUUUCAGCAUACCUUCACCAGUUCGCUGACAAGAACAUCCCCCAUAAGCAACAAGCCAUCAUCAAGUCCUUCGCUAAGGCCCUCGAGAUCAUUCCCCGCCAACUUUGCGAUAACGCCGGCUUCGAUGCUACCGAUAUCCUCAACAAGCUUCGUGUCGAGCACCGCAAGGGCCAGACAUGGGCUGGUGUUGACUUCCAGAAUGAGGGUGUCACUGAUAUGAUGGAGCGAUUCGUCUGGGAGCCCGCUCUUGUUAAGAUUAACGCUAUCCAGGCCGCCACCGAGGCCAGCUGUCUCAUUCUCGGCGUUGACGAGACAAUCCGCAACGAGGAGAGUGCUAAGCCUCAAGCUCCUGGUCAGCUUCCUCCAGGUGCGGCCCAGCGAGCUCUGCGAGGACGUGGCCGUGGCAUGCCCCGAAGGUAA